AUGGCGCACACGUCGUCCCCCGCCCUCUCGGACCUCAUCUUCCCCACGACCGCCAGCCACAACUUCUCCCACAUCCUGACGGACCUCAAGCGCGCCAACCUGUCCGUCGCGAACCGGCUGCGGUCCAUCGUCCAGGACGCCGACUUCGUGCGCGGGGCCGCCGCCUCUUUUGGCGACCGGCCCCUUGUCGCCAACGAGCGCUGCGGCAGCUGGUACGUCCGCCCGGCCGACAAGCGCGGGAGCGCCUACUUCAAGAGCACCGACGGCCACACCAACGCCUGGAAGUUCAGCACCCGCCGCCUCAACCUGCACCUGCUCGAGCUGAUCGGGAAGUAUGACGGAUGCAUCAUCGUCGACUCGACACGGCGAGGCAAGAGAAUGCCUGACGCGUUGAGCAAAACCAUCCCGGUCUGGUGCACCGUCCUCAACAUGGCCCUUUUCCCCGACCUCCCCCACGCGGACCGCCUCUUCACCCCUCCCAACGUCGUCUCCGCCUCGGAGCACGCCCAGAUCGCCGCCCUCCUGCCCUCCUUUCUCGCCUCCCUCAAGGCCCUCGAGAUCGACCUCGCCCCGCUACGCACCCACCUCUCCAAGCCCCUGCGGCCCUUCUGGGUGACCCAGGAGACGCGCCUCGCCGCGGACACCCCCGUCGGAGCCGCCGUCUUUGACGACUACCACCCCGUCAUCUGCUGCACCUCGUCGCGCCGCGUCGCCGGCGCCGAGAUGAGCGAGGCCGGCUACAUCCAGGGCGCCGGCGACGACACGGAGAACUGGGCCAUGGGACUGACGGCCGACGUCUUCUGGGAGAACGCCGACGCCCUGCUCUCCGCCCCGGAGGCCGACCUCCCGGACGCCGUCGCCCGCCUCGUCGCCGAGAAGAAGCGUAACGCCCCGCGCGGCGUGGCCCCCAAGCGUGUGGCGCCGCUCAUCCUCGUGUGCCCCCUACCCUUGGACGACGAUGACAACGGCGGCACGGCCCGGUGCGUGGUCGCACUCACACAAGACGUCACGCCGCCGGGGUCAUGGGUGAAGUCUCCGAGCCGCAUGGAAGUCGGCCUGGGGAAGCACAAGGUCGCCAGCCGCAACCUGCGACAGGCGUUGCCGGACAUUUGCUCCUUUGUCUCCCGUUAUCUCGACGCGCACCAGGAUGCCGACGGGGCUGCGGGCGAUGUUCUCUUCGCCUGCGAGACGGGCAAGGACCUGUCCAUCGGCUCUGCGCUGGCUGUCUACUGCUGGUGCUUCGACCAGAACGGCAAGCGCCGCGUGGCCGACUCCAAGACCUUCUUCAACAAGGACAUGAUCCGGGUCAAGCUCGGCACCAUCAUGACGGCCUUCCCCGAGGCGAACGCCAACAGGGCAACGUUGCAAAGCGUAAACAGUUUUCUCAUGGACCACCGGAGAUGA